AUGCCUCUGGGCACCCAGACGUGGCGCUUCACACUCCAACAGCCCGAAAUACGUUCCCCAUUACUCGAACCUGAGCCGGAGAACAUGUCUAGCAACAAGCGACCCGGGCGCGAUUUCUCGCCCCGGAGCGGCCAAGAGCACAAGAAACUCAAGCAGACCACCGGAGACACCACUACCAAACAGAAGCCACAACCAUUGCGCAACAGUGGAAGCUCCACCCCAGACGCCGCAAGCCCCCUCGCCGACAACAUGAAGGCUUCGCUGGGCAAUCGGACAGCCUGUAAUCGCACCGAGUCUAGGUCGAGCGUGAGCGCAUCCGGCAGCCGUCCGGGAAGCCCGGUCAGGAGGAGGCCGUCCAGUAGCACCUUGGACAACCCAGCUGAAUCAAGUGGCCGACCGCCUUUGCGCAUCUCCACUCCGAACCAAGCUGGAAGGGCUCCCUCCAAAGUUUUGGCUGGACCGGCAUCAGCCAAGGAAGCCUCUACUUCGACAAGUGAGCUGACCUCGCGUCCCGCACUCAAACGGGCCAACACCGCGUCAGGCGCGCCAUCUAAAAAGCCCUCCGAGGAUCAAAAUAGCAUUUCGCUGCCUCCUCCUCGCGGCCCUGCCCCGACUGCACCCAUGAUGGGCUUACCUGCGGUUGCUACUACCCCAACCACGACUAAAGCUGCUUCGGCGAUAACGCCGUCAACCGCCACCGAGGCUAGUGCUUUGGCCUUGAGCCUGGCUACCACAGGGAGCUUUAGCUCCAUGGGUGAUGUGUUCAGGGAUCAUUUCAAACUAGUUGCUCAGUACACUCAGAAUAAUCUGGCGCGUGAGCGCUGCAGAGAACGCCUUGAACGUCUUCAGAAACAGGCUUCGGCAGAAGGCUCAGCUGGGCAUGAAGCGCAGAUCUCAGCGUUGCAGCGAAACCUGAAGAUGGCCGACGCAGACAUCAUAGGCAUUGAGGAGCGACUGCAUUCUCAAAUCGACGGACUGGAAUCAACGAUGAAAUGGGAAGUAGAACACCGCGUUUCCGAAAAGAUUGGUAACGUGAACGACAGAGUUCAAGGGCUUGAGGAAAAGCAAAGAUCAAAAGACGCCAAGGUCAAGGCAGCCUUGUCCUCGUUGCAGGUGUCUGAGCCCCCCAACGGUUUCGUUCCCCAUGACCGCCUUGAGGAAGCGGUCCAGAGGAUAGCGAAAACCCAGCUUGCUGCUAAGUUUAAAGGUCCGCUUGCGCUCAUGGCUUCUGUACCCGACCGAUCGACGCCCAAGGAAUUGCCCGCUGUAGCAAACCCGCCGAUGGAACUUUCUGCAGAUACGUCUACGGAGCCGCGAUCUGGACUCGCCCAAGUGAAGAACGACUUGGAGAUGUUCAAGCAACAGAUCUAUGCCAAGGAUAAAGAAAGGGAUACCAAGAUCGAAAAAUUGGAACAGGAGAAUGCACUUCUCAAAGGUCAAGUUACACAGCUCGAGGGCACAAUGCAAAAUGCGAACAACGAGACCUCUUCCCUCGCCAACUCACUUGCCGCCCUCAACAAGGGAAAGGCCGACCAAGACGAGGUGUCUAUCUUGAAAGCCGAUGUGACAACUAAUUCGGGCAAAUUAAACAAUGCCCUUUCUAUCUCAACCGUUGUCACCAAGCUUCAAACCGAAGUAAAUACGGUAAAAGAGGAGACGAAGACAAUGUGGGACGAAUUGAAUCGCAUCAAAAAGGAUAUGAACACUACCACGGACCCCCGCAGAAGAAUAUUCCCGUCUACAGCCACCACCGGCGUGGGCCCGCGUGUCGACGAAAUCCAAAAGAGCGUAGAUGCCCUGACACAACGUAUCGACAACCUGCCAGCUGCUUCGGAAAUCUCAAACUUACAAAAAGGCGCCGACAAGAUCAGAGCGGAUGUCAAGGAAAUCCAAGAAAACCAUGCCAAGGUAUUAGAUCGGUUGGAUCGUCAUGACGAGCGCACUGAUCGCCUCGACGAACGUACUGAAAGAGCCGAACGGGACCUUUUCUCUGACAACACUCGGAUAAAUGAGAUAACCCAAGAUGUCAGCAACUUCGGCGAUGAUCUCGGCAGCCUCAGGAGAAAGGUGAGAAAUAUCGACCUCGACCUCGACAGCCUGGAAAAGGAAGUCGAGAAUCUUCCACAUGCUAACGUCGACGACUUCGGAAAGAUGGAUGGGGAAGUCAAAACCAGACAAGUCGAAAUCGCGAAAAUCCAAAACAAAAUGCUCCGUCACGAAAAAGAGAUGGAAUCUCUCGGCUCCAAGAUAAAAGGAAUGUCCGGAAAAUCCACGUCGAGUAGUAACAAGGGCAUAACGGACAGGUUAGACAGCCUCGAAACCAAGCAGGACUCCAUCACCACCAUGGCGCAAAGCGUCAAGGCUUUGGAAAAGAGCGCUAUCGACGCCAAGACCCUUGAACAUGCCGUGGACAAUAUCGAACGCAAGUUUGAGCAGCGGCAUGCCGCCUUGACCGAACCGUUUGAUGAGAUCCAGAGACGCUUUGACAUGAUAGAGCAGGGGCAUUCCUCUCUGCAUAACGAGGUUGACAACAUUAACGCCAAACUUGAUGUCGCAGAUAAAGAAGGCCUGCAGCCCGAUGAGGUCCAAAGGCGCUUUGACACGAUAGAAAGGAAGCAGUCUUCUUUGCGUGACAAACUUGGCAAUAUUGACGCCGACCUCACAGCUGCAAGGCAACGCGACGAAAGUCUGCUCCAGUCUAGCGAUGAGCACACCAAGUACAUCAAACGGCUUGAUCGCUUCUUGCGUGGCCACGACUUCAUUAACUUUGAGAUGGAUUUUCCGAGUGGAAUGGGCUUGAUCCAUCAGCUGGCCGAUUUGAAGAGUGCCGUCCAGGCCGGGAGGCAGUUGAACCGGCGCCAGUCAACAGGCAAUACUGCGCCCGUACAACAAACCGAUGCUGCUCAGCCGACUUCUGCCCCGGCACUUGGCAUGUUGGAAAGGCGCGUCACACAGGUCGAACGAGACCAUGCUAGUCUGAAGACGACCACCAGCGUGUUGCGGUCGGAUUUCGAUGCCUUGGACAAUUCGAUAGAGGAGCAGUCUCGGUUGAUUGAAGCCGAUCUCGAGCAGCGGGUUAGAGAUGAAGUCGCAACAACUUUAUCUUCAGCCCAUCUGCCCACACAGUCGACACUAACCACCGAGGACGUUGGAUAUAUGAUCGAGGAUUUCGCAAGGCGAAUCCGGAACGAGAUGCAGGACUUGUACCGGGACGCGACAAGACUCAGAGAGAUCGAAGAAGCCGUCUUCUCGAAGAUGGAACAGUCGACUUUGAGGAUCGUGAAUGAAAAGCUUGACGGCGCGAACCAGAGGCUUGAUAUGUUCCAUGGCCGUCUCACGCGGCUCGACCAAGAUGUUCCCCCUGGCUACGCAGAGACCAUGGCAGACACGCUUGCGUUCUCCAGGGAGCAUGGCAAACUGUCGACUUUCUUGAAAGCAACGCUAGAGGCUGUCCGCAAUCUGCAAAGCCGAUACGAUAACAUUCUAACUCAUCAGCUUGCUAACCACAUAUCGAAUCAACUGAUACCGCACAUCAACCACAAACUCGUAGGCCCUAUCCGCGAUGCCGUUGCUCCAGUCGUCAGCAGCGACAUCAGGCAAAAUCACAAGCAGCUCAGCGAGAAGCAACAGUUGCUCGAAACCAAAUUCGCGGACCUCCAGCAAAAGGUAAACACGACUAGCGAUGCGGCAUUGCAGGACAACCUGAGGCAGGAACUUCUACGCUCGUGCGCCAGUAUCAACGAACGUAUUGAGAGGGAAACACGAAGGAUCAACGAAGACAUCCAGAAGAUUGUGACCGACUUUGCGGCCUUCGAGGCCGAUAAGACUGUCAUGUGGGAAAGUCUCAAAGAACACCGGGACAACAUCGAGCGCGCGCAAGACGACUUUGGCGGGGUCCAAGCAUGUGUCGUCCGCAUCGCGAAGCAGCUGAACCAGGACCUGGUGCCCCGUGACUGGCUCGAGCUCGCUUAA